AUGCCAGCCGCGCAACGCCGCCCGCCCGCCCCGAAAGGGAAGGAGGCGCUGCGUAUUGACGUGGAGGUGCUGCGUCACCUGGUCUCCCGCCCGAGUCUAGCGAAGGCGCUAUGGAGCCGGGGGCCUCGCGAGGCGACGCAGAAGGCGCUGCACAACAGCUACGGCGAGGAGGCCGUGCUCUCCGUGAAGGUCACGCAGCGCGCUUUAAGUACGGCCGUGUCAGCGAUAAACGACGCAUUCGAUGUGCAUGCGACCAAGCUUGACCCGGUGGAAGCUCCGUUGGUCGUGGAUAUGGUCGAGCUCAUCAUCAGCUUUGAUGUCACGCUCGACGAAAAACUGCAGCUCAUGUUGCUCAUUGCUUUCUUGCAUGCCGCUUUGGAGCUUCUGCCGUUAGUGCGCAGGCGCAACCUCAAGGCCACGUAUCGACGCGUUAUGGACCUUACCAGGGAUAAGGCAUGGUCCUCCAAACUCACUGUUCGCAUUAGGCAGAUUGCCGCGGAUACCAUUAAGGACGUUGCCGCCGCGCUGUAUCGACUGGACGACGGCAGCCACCACAUGCAACGAAUGAAAGCCACCCGCCGUGCUGCCAACAAUGUUUAUAAGCGCUACUCGGUUUCCGACUUUCGGCCGCGCUUGCACAAAUUGGCUCUUGACCUUCGGCAAAGGCAUAAUUCAUGGCUUUGGGUGCAUAAGAUGCAUCAGCUGGAAAAGCGUAAAUCCCGCGACCAUUCCCAACCCAACGGCGCGGCUUCGAAGAGUCGUUCAAGGCAGGUUCCAGAUUUCUUUUCGGAGGACGAGGGCGUUAGGCUAGAUGCCGUUGAAAUGCAGUCUACCUUGAAUGAAAAUGACUCAGUCAAGGGUGGUCAGCACGCUUUCAGUCCGAUGCGGACUGACGAAUCAGAGGAAGGAUCUGACGAGCUCCUAGAAAGGCAAAAUGAAACAGAUAGCGAGGCAGUGGCCGAGAUUCGGUGGAAGGACCCGCCCAGAAAGAAGCGGCGUUCCAAUGAAAACGAGAAAACUCAUGAUUCAUCUGCCGAUGAGGGAGCAGACACACCUCGGAGAAGUUUAAGACCCAGGACUUUACCUCAGGGUGCCUAUGUCGUGCCAGAUGUUGGCGACAUUGAAGGGGACAGCAAUCAUGAAGAGGUAGCAAAUGCAGAGGGCACCAAACCCGAAAAACGCCAAGAUUCAGACGGCAACGAUCCUUCUUAUUGUGCUCCCAAUGCUGACGAUGCCAAGCCGAAUAAACGACUGGAGGAUGAGAACUGCGAAGAUGGAGCACUCAUCGAUGCUGUGAAAUCUAUUUCUUCGGACCUUUUUGACGGAGAAACUCAAGGGGAGGCUGCUCCACUUGAAGUUCCCGUCUCAAGGCAUUCCAGAACAAGGCGUAAAGGGAAAAAAGGAGACCAAAGCGGCCGUGAAGGGUCUAAGUCUCCUCAUGUUGUGGAUAAGGAGGCUCUACAUGGGAAUGCAUCGGGGGACAAUGGGGUACGGGGUGAGACUGACUCAGACUCAGACGAAAUCAGCAGGUCAGAAGUUACUGGCCGCGGCGGGGAGACGGUGAGGAAAUUGCGUGAGGCGAAUGCGCGCUCCAGGGCUUCUGGAAUACCCGACCCACUGCGAGAUUCUGUGCGAGACGCAAAACACGCUAGGCGUCGAGUGAGAUCGUCGCUCAUGUUACAGUAUUCUGGAGAUGUCAAUGGCCGAGCUGCAAGUCCGAUUCCAGAUUCAGCACCCAUUAUUAGAAGAAAGCGAAAGAUGAGGCAGGAUAUCGACAUGGAUGCUAGCUCGGAAGAGGAACUUGUGACGAACCAAGAACCAAUUGGCAAUGGGCGAUUGAUGAGAACAGGUCGCUUUCAGAUUUACGAGGAUGAGCUUCUUGUUGAGGGACUGACGAGGUACGGUUGGGGAAUGUGGAGACAGAUCUCAGAUGAUUUCGGGAAGGGGAAGUAUACGCGGACCCCCAUGAGCUUGAAAGAUAGAGCUAGAACAAUGAACUUGGAUCCUUCCAAGUAUCCCGUACCAGCCGAUUGCGGCAUCGUGAAAAGAGGCCGUCCGUCGUUGCAACCAAAAAUUCCAGUUCAGAACAGGGAGAGCGAAGCCAUCGAAUCACCUACUGGCUCGGAUUGGGUGAUGUCACUUGAUAGCUAG